AUGGAAAAAGAUUCAUUCAGGAGCAACAAUAAUGGUAGCCCGAGCAAUAACACCACCAAUAAUAGUGCCCAGAGAACCAGUUUAGAUCCCAAUAGGCAAACGACGUCGUCUGAUUUUGUCUUGCAGUGGGGGAAGCGGAAGCGGAAGCGGCUCAGGUGUAUGAAAGUCCAAGUCAAGGACGUUUCGACCACUCCGGUUCAUAAGACAAUAGUUCGGGUGGACCGUCGGGUUGUUAGAGCUGAUCACAAAGAUACACCUGAUCAUCAGCCAAGAAGUACAAACAACAACAAUAAUACGAGCAAUCAGAUUAACGGAUAUUUUAAUCUCCGUCAACGUCCGUCUCCGCCUCCACCGCCGCCGCCGCCGCCUCAGCGGAUUUUAAGGGAAAUUUUGCGCUUGUGUGGGUGUGUUGAUCAUGUGAGGUUGUUGGGACGUGGUGGGGGGAAUAUGGAUCAGGAGAAUGGAGUAUGUGUAAAAUGUCACACAGUCUUCAUGGAAAGUACUGGUGCUGUUGAGAGGUUCAAGCUGCGGCGUUUUCUUAAAUGCACCAAUGUUGUGACAUCUCUAAGGGAUAAGGGUCUGUGUCUGAUAUGCCUUUUUUUAGGUGGAGUGGAGAUGGCUGUUCUGGGAACGGAUAAGGCCACACAUCGCUGGUGGGGGCAUGUGUAUGGCUCAGAAGUAGAUCUCAUGGUAAGGAAUUCAGAGAAUUCAAGUGCCAUGAGAGGAGGCCAAAUUUAUGGUGGUGGUUUGAGAAGGGUUGCUUCACCGGACAAGGGUGCGCACGAUAAGAGAGGCAACAAUAACCACCACCACCACAACAGCAGCAACAACCAUGAGAAUCACAACCAUAAUAACAAAUCAGUGGCAUCUUCGGAUAGCAAGAAAGGAGGAGGGUCGUCCUCUGGGGGAAGUGGAGAAGCACCACCGCCACCAGAACCACCAGUUUGGCCCCCAAAGUUUGUUAUCUCGUUAACUAAUAAAGAGAAAGAAGAAGAUUUCUUUGCCUUUAAAGGGUCUAAGUUGCCUCAAAGACCCAAAAAGAGAGCCAAGUUCAUUCAACGCACCCUCAAUCUUGUGAGUCCCGGGGCAUGGCUGUGUGAUUUGACACUAGAACGGUAUGAAGUGAGAGAGAAGAAGAUCACCAAGAAGAGACCGAGAGGGUUGAAGGCCAUGGGAAAUAUGGACUCUGACUCUGAAUAG